AUGAAUCUAGAGUGGAUCUUGAGUAUCAGGAUCAUAUCCGUUUGCAUAAGGGCUUGCAUCAUAAGCAAGGCCAAAUUCGCACCCAACGUCGAACGCGAGGCAAUUGAUGCUCCUCUCCUCUCUUAUUUCUUCCCAUCAAUCUAUCAACAAAUGGUCAAUGACGCGGAGGAGACUUUUGAGCUCGAUCCUGACGAAGAGAUGAAUUUGGACGCCUUGAAACCCAAUAUCGAUGACGACAAGGCCCUUGCGACUCGCGCGCUCACUUUGGUACGGCAGAAUAAGGACACACCGACCAUUAAUUUCGUCGUGUUGAAAGCUGCUUAG